AUGAGUGGUGUUGCUGUAUGCUAUGGCAAUCAGACCUUAUUUCCCUGUGAAGUCUGUGGAAGACGCUUUGCAGCAGAUGUUCUGGAAAGGCAUGGACCAAUAUGUAAAAAACUCUUCAACAAAAAGCGUAAGCCUUUCAGUUCCGUAAAACAAAGAUUACAGGGCACUUACUUUCCCACUGUGAGCCUGGCUCCUCAAUCCAAGCCUCAACCAGUGAGGAAAGCUAACUGGAGACAACAACAUGAAGACUUUAUUUUUGCAAUUCAAUCAGCAAAGCAGUGCAGCCUAGCCAUGAAAGAAGGCCGCCCUCUCCCACCACCUCCCCCCGCGUCCAUCAACCCAGAUUAUAUUCAGUGCCCGUAUUGUCUGAGGAGGUUUAAUGAAAAUGCAGCCAGUCGGCAUAUUAAUUUCUGCAAGGAUCAGUCUUCUCGCCGAGUCUUUGAUGCCGCCCAGACAGCAGCCAAACUGGAGUCCAGAGUGCAGGGAAGGGCUCAGACGAGUCCAAGAAAAGAACCGACGGUUACCAGUGCCGUGGGAACUCUGCUGCAGAACAGGGCCCUUGAGGCCACGAGAGCAGCCCCAGCCAGGCCAGGAUUAGCCUCGGACCCUGCUUCUGGAGCAAAACUCAAACAAGGAUUUACUAAAUCUUCUAAAAAAGAUUAACUCCUAGAGGCCAGACUGGCUUCCUACAGCUCAUCAGCCUGGAUGGCUGUGAGCCCAACAAUGCCACCUGAAAGGAAGGAGCAGAUGUCUGCUUCAAUGCCUGAUUCCUCUCGAGACAUCAUGCAGGACAUGUAAAACUAGCUUCAAAUUUUCUUAUU